AUUUCACUUAUUUGUAUCAAGGCUGUCCACGGGUCUGCCAAGCUAAGCCUCGCUUUAGUUUUAGUAUGAAUUACGUUUAGUUUUGAGCUAAUUAGUGUGGUUUAAAGCGCACAAAUUAGACUGCUAGUGUUCCUUUUCCCCUUAUUUCGGCGAAUUUGAAGUUAUGUUAAUGUACACGGGUACUUGUCUUCAUAGGCCAGGACAUUUAGCAGCCAGCUCGGGCUAGCUUUGUGCUAGUUACGCCAACUUGCUUGCAUUGCAACCACGUUCACCACACUUAAUCAAAUUUAGUUGUUUAUAACGACAUAAAGACGCCACAAAGAUCUUCGGAGAAUGCUUGCAACGGGAGCGGCUGUAUCUAAUGUCACAGCCCUGGCUCAGGUAGACCGGGAAAAGAUCUACCAGUGGAUCAAUGAGUUGUCCAGCCCAGAGACCAGAGAGAAUGCCCUGCUGGAGCUCAGCAAGAAACGCGAAUCUGUGCCAGACCUGGCACCGAUGCUUUGGCAUUCCUGUGGCACUAUCGCUGCUCUUUUGCAGGAAAUAGUGAACAUCUAUCCAUCCAUUAACCCACCGACACUCACAGCACAUCAGUCUAACCGGGUGUGCAACGCCUUGGCACUCCUGCAGUGUGUUGCCUCACACCCAGAGACACGGUCGGCUUUCCUCGCAGCCCACAUUCCCCUUUUCCUUUAUCCCUUUUUGCACACUGUGAGCAAAACGCGCCCAUUCGAGUACCUGCGCCUCACCAGCCUUGGAGUCAUAGGUGCCUUGGUCAAAACAGAUGAACAAGAAGUGAUUAACUUUCUUCUCACAACUGAAAUCAUCCCGCUUUGUCUCCGCAUUAUGGAAUCAGGAAGUGAGCUUUCUAAGACGGUUGCUACCUUCAUACUGCAGAAGAUACUGCUUGAUGACACAGGGCUGGCUUACAUAUGCCAGACUUAUGAACGUUUCUCCCAUGUGGCAAUGAUCCUUGGUAAAAUGGUGCUGCAGCUCUCCAAAGAACCAUCAGCUCGGCUGCUGAAGCACGUCGUCCGCUGCUACCUUCGCCUUUCAGAUAAUCUCAGAGCCAGAGAGGCACUCCGUCAGUGUCUACCCGACCAGCUGAAGGACAGCACCUUCGCCCAGGUGCUGAAGGAUGACACCACCACCAAACGCUGGCUGGCUCAGCUGGUCAAAAACCUGCAGGAGGGCCAAGUGACCGACGCCCGGGGCAUCCCGCUGGCCCCGCAGUGAAGAAUUCACAGGAGACACAAACGGACUUGAAUUUGUAUUCUGUCACAUGUGGUGCUAAGACUGAAAAGUAAACAACAUGAUGGAAGAAGAUA